AUGGCUUCUUCCUCUCGCGAGGACGGGCCACGGGAAGAUGCGUCCGCGGCGGCGCCGACGUACGCCGGGAUGGCGGACCUGGUGCCGGCGCUUCCGCUGGAGACGCGGUGCCCGCCGUUCGCGCUGCGCCAAUACAACGGCUUCUGGCUGCCGGAGGCGGCGCUGCUGCGCGGCAUCCCGGCGCUACACGCCGGCUUCGCGCCGAGGCCCGACGACGUCCUCCUCGCCAGCUUCCCCAAGUCCGGCACGACCUGGCUCAAGGCCCUCGCGUUCGCCAUCGCCAACCGCGCCGAGCACCCGCCGUCGUCCGGCGACCACCCGCUCCGCGACAGCAACCCGCACGACCUCGUCCGGUUCUUCGAGGUCGGUGCCGCGCUCGCGGGCAGGACCGACGACGGCAUGGACGCCGCCACGGCCGAGCUCGAGGCGCUCCCGUCCCCGCGCGUGCUCGCCACGCACCUCCCCUACUCCCUCCUCCCUCCGUGCGUCCCCGCCGCCAGCCGGAUCGUGUACGUCUGCAGGGACCCCAAGGACGUGCUGGUGUCGUCGUGGCUCUUCACCAGGCGCGCGUCGGCGAGCCUCGGAGUUGACACCGAGUCCUUCACGCUCUCGGAGGCGCUCGAGCUCUUCCGCGAGGGGCGGUGCUUCUACGGCCCGCAGUGGCGGCACGUGCUCGAGUACUGGGAGGCGAGCCGCCGCACCACGAGUGUCGCCGUUGCGUAUCAACUCUGA